AAUCCUUAAAAGUUAGUUCACAACCAAAAACUUAAAAAAACACAAACCAACCUCCCUCUCCGUUGAACAAAACUGAAAUAUAUCCUUUAAAAUUAAAAUCCGAAAUAAAUUUCUGUCUCAGAGAAGGGAAGACUUUUGACGAUACAAUUCAGGUCAAAAACAAAAAGCUAGAUAGAGAAAGAGAAAUGGCCACGCCGUUACCGGAAUUGCAGAGAGGGGAAGGUAUGAUACUGUCAAGCGCGGUCAAGAACGUUGAGGCGAAAGGUUGUUUAGAGAGUAACGAGCAGAAAUCACCGAUUCUGAUAUUCCUUUACUUCCACAAGGCUAUACGUAAUGAGCUUGAUUCGCUUCACCGACUAGCCAUGGCUUUUGCUACUGGACAGACUGUUGAUGUUGAGUCUCUCUUCGAACGAUACCGGUUUCUCAGAUUGAUUUAUAAGCACCACUGCAAUGCCGAAGACGAGGUUAUUUUUCCAGCUCUUGACAUACGUGUGAAGAAUGUGGCACAAACAUACUCACUUGAACACAAAGGUGAAAGCAGUCUGUUCGAUCAAUUAUUUGAGCUGCUAAAUUCUUAUACGCAAGAUGAUGAAAGUUUCCCAAGGGAAUUAGCAUCUUGCACAGGUGCCCUUCAGACGUCACUCAGUCAGCACAUGGCAAAGGAAGAGGAACAGGUCUUUCCUUUGCUUAUUGAGAAGUUUUCUCUCGAAGAGCAGGCAUCUCUAAUCUGGCAGUUUGUUUGCAGCAUUCCUGUGAACAUUAUGUCAGAACUCAUGCCAUGGUUAGCAUCUUCUAUUUCACCCAUUGAAUCCCAGGAUAUGCAGAAGUGCUUAAGCAAGAUAAUCCCAGAAGAGAAGCUUCUUCAGCAGGUUGUCUUUACCUGGAUAAGAGGGAGAAAUGGUGCGAAGGAAGUUGGAAGCUGCACAGAUAAUCAUCAGGAUCAAUAUUGUGUAAAUUAUACUAUUAGUGCAAUGAAUUCUGAAUUGGGUGAUGUGAUGGGUACAUGUGACGAACAUAAAAUUGGGAAAAGGAAAUAUCUGGAAUCAAGUAAUGAUGCUUCAGAUACUACUGGAACACACCCGAUAAACGAAAUAAUGCUUUGGCAUAAUGCUAUUAAACAAGAAUUGAAUGAAAUCGCUGAAGAAGCUAGAAAGAUUCAACUUUCUGGAGAUUUUAUGAAUUUAUCAGCCUUUGAUGAUCGGUUGCAAUUCAUUGCUGAAGUUUGCAUCUUCCACAGUAUCGCUGAGGACAAAGUCAUAUUUCCUGCAGUAGAUGGAGAAUUCUCUUUCUUUCAAGAGCAUGCAGAAGAAGAAAGUCAAUUUGAUGAGAUUAGGCGUUUGAUUGAAAGUAUUCAAAGGGCAGGUGCAAAUUCUAAUUCAGCAGCUGAGUUUUAUGCAAAAUUAUGCUCCCAAGCUGAUCAAAUAAUAGAUACCAUACAAAGACACUUCUAUAAUGAGGAAAUACAGGUUCUUCCACUAGCUCGAAAGCACUUUAGCUUCAAGAGGCAGCAGGAACUUUUAUACCAAAGCUUGUGUGUGAUGCCUUUGAAAUUGAUUGAGCGUGUCUUGCCAUGGUUGGUGGGGUUUCUAACUGAAGAUGAAGCAAAAAAUUUUCUCAUAAACAUGCAGUCAGCAGCUCCAUUGACGGAUACUGCUUUGAUUACACUUUUUACUGGCUGGGCUUGCAAGGGUCGUAGCCGGGGUGCAUGUUUGUCGAGUGCAAUUGGUUGUUUUUCUGCUAAAAACUUCACUGAUAUUGAAGAAGAUAUUGUUAGAUCAUGCUGUGCAUGUACUUCUGCAUUUUGUUCUAAGGAUUGCGUUGUAUCAGUUUGUGAAGAUGACAACAAAAGGCCCGUCAAAAGAAACAUUCCGUUAUCAUGCAAAAAUAGCAAUGCCCCGGACCUCUCAAGAACUCUAAGUUCCCAUACACCAUCUUGUGCCGAUCGAUCUUGUUGUGUACCAGGUUUAGGAGUGAACAGCAACAACCUUGGUUUGAAUUCUCUUUCAACUGCCAAAUCUUUGCGGUCCUUGUCUUUCAGCUCCUCUGCUCCAGCUCUUAACUCCAGUCUUUUUUCUUGGGAAGCGGAUAAUAGCUCCUUUGAUAUUGGCCGUGCAGAACGACCAAUUGAUACAAUAUUUAAGUUUCAUAAAGCCAUAAGCAAAGAUUUGGAGUAUCUAGAUGUGGAAUCUGGAAAGCUCAGUGAUUGUGAUGAGACAAUUCUUCAGCAGUUUGUUGGAAGAUUCCGUUUAUUAUGGGGCUUAUACAGGGCUCAUAGUAAUGCUGAGGAUGAUAUUGUUUUUCCAGCUCUGGAGUCCAAAGAGGCACUUCAUAAUGUGAGUCAUUCAUACACACUGGACCAUAAGCAGGAGGAAAAAUUAUUUGAAGAUAUUUCAUAUGUUCUUUCUGAGCUUUCCAGCCUUCAUGAAAUCUUGCAAAAAGCCCGCAUGAUGGAGGAUUCAGUGAGAAGCAAUGUGGAACUUUCUGUUGCCCAUGACGGUAUUGAUGAUUGUGUGGCAAAGUAUGGUGAGCUAGCCACUAAGCUGCAAGGGAUGUGCAAAUCUAUAAGAGUUACUCUUGAUCACCAUAUUUUGAGAGAAGAAGUUGAGUUAUGGCCAUUGUUUGGAAAGCAUUUUUCGGUUCAGGAGCAAGACAAAAUAGUUGGCCGCAUUAUUGGCACUACUGGUGCUGAAGUUCUGCAAUCUAUGUUACCUUGGGUAACUUCUGCUCUUACUCAGGACGAGCAGAACAAAAUGAUGGAUACAUGGAAGCAGGCAACCAAAAACACAAUGUUCAGCGAGUGGCUUAAUGAAUGCUGGAAAGGACCUGCAGAAUUAUCUUUGCAGGCUGAAACAUCAGAAGCUAGGAUUCCUAGAGAAGCCUUGCUUGUUGCAGACAAAGAGUUUCAAGAGAGCUUGGAGCAAAGUGAUCAGAUGUUUAAGCCUGGGUGGAAGGAUAUCUUCCGCAUGAAUCAAAAUGAGCUUGAAUCUGAGAUUAGAAAGGUUUACAAGGAUGCAACUCUUGAUCCAAGGAGAAAAUCAUAUCUUGUUCAAAAUCUUUUGACUAGUCGCUGGAUAGCUGCGCAGCAGAAGUUACCUCAAGGAAUCUCAGGUGAAACCUCUAAUGGUGGUGACAUAAUGGGAUGUUCACCAUCAUUUCGAGAUCAGGAAAAGCAGAUAUUUGGGUGUGAGCACUACAAGCGGAACUGUAAACUUCGUGCUGCUUGUUGUGGCAAAUUGUUUACUUGUAGAUUUUGCCAUGACAAAGUAAGCGAUCACUCGAUGGAUAGAAAAGCAACCUCAGAAAUGAUGUGCAUGCGUUGUCUGAAGAUUCAGGCAGUUGGCCCGAUCUGCACGACACCUGCGUGUAAUGGACUUCUGAUGGCAAAAUAUUAUUGCAAUAUAUGCAAGUUUUUUGAUGAUGAAAGGAGAGUAUAUCAUUGCCCUUUUUGCAAUUUAUGUCGUGUUGGGAAGGGUCUUGGGAUUGAUUACUUCCAUUGCAUGACAUGCAACUGUUGCUUGGGGAUUAAGUUGGUGAAUCACAAGUGUCUGGAAAAAGGUUUAGAGACAAACUGUCCCAUCUGCUGUGAUUUUUUGUUCACAUCAAGUGCAACUGUCAGAGCUUUGCCUUGUGGCCAUUACAUGCAUUCAGCUUGCUUUCAGGCAUACACUUGCAGUCACUACAUCUGCCCAAUAUGCAGUAAAUCAUUAGGAGAUAUGGCGGUUUACUUUGGCAUGCUUGAUGCAUUGCUGGCUGCUGAGGAGCUUCCAGAGGACUAUAGGGAUCAUUGUCAGGAUAUAUUAUGUAAUGAUUGUGAUCGAAAGGGCACUGCACGUUUCCACUGGUUAUAUCACAAGUGUGGAGUUUGUGGUUCGUACAACACUCGGGUGAUCAAGAGUGAGACAGUAAAGCCCAACUCUGCUCCACCUUAAUGAGACUCACAUUUUGAUGAGUUAUAGGUAUUAGGCUGUAUAUACUUUGUCAAUCCGAUCAAUUUUCCCUCUUGAAGGAGAGGUGAUUUCUUGUCAUUUUUUGUUUCUUGCACCAAAAAUUCAUCACCCUUAUAGAAACUCUUUAGGAUGAUUUUCUCUUGCUUGAGUUCCUCAGUUGGUGUAGAUGAGCAAAAUUAGGAGAUCUUUUGGUUCUGAUUUACUUCAUUAUGUAUAGAAUAGAAAAUGUUCUGUGUAAAGUACGUCUUUUCAUGUCGAAGAGGACCCGGCUUAUGAACUAUUAUUACUGUCAAUAUUUUUCUAAUUAGUGAUCUAAUUGCCAGUGAAAUCGUAGAUCAUACAUGAUAUAUACAUGAACAGGUGAUAAGAUUCAAAAUUUCAAGUCGUCAUUGUGUUGCUGAAGUUAUUACUUCACUAGCGUGUACUUAUCAGAUGCUGCAAUUCUUUUUUAAUUUCUACAGUUUAUGAAAGUAAGAAUCUUAUUUAUUUUUUCCUA